AUGGUGUUUCCCUUUUUAUCGCUGCCUGCCGAAAUCAGACUCGAGAUCUACAGCUAUCUAGGCAUCGUUAAACGAGGCGGCAGAUACAUCGGCGCCAGUGAAACCGGGAAACCAACCCAUUCCGAUAAGUUCAAAGCGGAGGUCCAGCGUUAUCGCCGCUCAAAUUACCAAUUGAUCUGUCGCCAGAUUAACAAUGAGCUGCUUCACACAUUCUAUGCGAAAAACGGAUUCGAAAUCUUCCAAGUGACAGUCUUUCUCGAUUUCAUGCAGUCAAUUGGUGCCGAAUACCGGCAAGUCAUCAAGCGACUACGAAUCCAUUUUAGUUCAUACGCCAGCCAAAAAAAUCAGCGACAGGCUGUCGUUCGAGCCUUCAAGGGUUUCCGAUAUGUACUCUCCUGCACUUCCCUUGAGAAACUUGAGAUCAACGUUCGCUUUGCUGAUGGUUACCGCCGCUCGUGGCUGAGCUACGCGGUCAAAGAACCUCAACAAUUGCUGUUUCAUGGAUCUGUUGCCCAGAAUGUCGAGUUUGAGGAAGCUCAACGCUGCGGGAGAACUUUUAGAAAUGUCAUUUACGAGGAUCUGGAUGCCUCACUUGACGCCCAGGUCGACAAUGUAAAGCGUACACUGACCGAAGCGCUACAUGAGGUGGUGCGAGAGCGCCAAAAUGUUUUGACACUGCGUCGCCGAUCUGGGGGAGUACGUGAUCGUCAAAGACUGCCUGCGCUCUAUGAAGGCAAGGCACGUGCCUGGACAGGUAAGGCUCCCUGUGACAAAGGACUCUCCCUGGUUCGGCGAAAAAUGCUUUUACCAAAGUACCGUCGAAGUCCUGGCUGCAAGAGCCCCCUUGAAUCGAGUGAUGCUGCUGAGCAGUACAUGUACCCUCCUGCCUCAAGCUCCACUCACCAGGCGUCUGAACUCAAAAGUGCCUCCGCGGAUAUGUCAUCUACAACUGAUCUUGAAUUCAAUGGAUUCACAGGUAGUUUCGACCAAACAAAUUAUGACGGCUACUGCCUCCGCCACAACCGUCCCUCCUGUUUCCGCUGCCUCACAUCAGCCAGCCCCUUUCCCUUCCCUACCUACGGUCUCGAAGCUACAAACAUCGGAUACAAUACCAAUGCAUUCUCAUCUCAAGGCUCCGCAGAUGUAGAUUUUGGUUAUCACUGGUGCGUAAUACAUGACUUGACGUCUGAAUUCGAGUGUCCCUCAUGUCAGCAAGGUCACCCUCGCUCAAUGUCCAUCGGUAGUAUGCCGUCGUCAAUGGCUACGCGGCAGGUACACCAAGCCGCUCCGAUGCCAGUGACAGGUGGGCAGGGUGUGGUCGAAGGAAUCAGCGAGGGAUUGGGAGACGAAUACAAUGAGCUCGUGGAUUGGAAUGCGGGAUCAAGCUACGAGGGCAGCAUAGACUGGUUUGCUGGAGGCGAAGUAAUGGACUAUGGCUCUCCGGAGGGGAGAUGA